AUGUGGUACCAGCUUUGAUUCUCUGAGGUCAAAGCUGGCAGGCGUUGGGUUUUUAAAGCCGUAAGCCUCUUCUUAUUCUCCUCUCUCACUCUUAAAUUCCCUACAAACCCCUAUAUAAAAUCAAAAUAAAGAUAGUUUGAUGUCAUGGUUGAUCAGACAAAAAUGGCCGCAGCUCCAUCUCUUGCUGGUGGAGAAAAGAAGCACUGGUGGCUUACCGAUAAAAAGAUGGUAGAGAGAUAUGUGAGGGAGGCGAAAAUGUUAAUUGCAACGGAAGAGCAAAGCCAGAUUACGCCGGCUUUAAGGCUUCUAGAGGCAGCGCUGGCUCUGUCGCCGCGCAUGGAGGUGGCGUUACAGCUCAAGGCCCGGUGUUUGCUUUGUCUCAGGCGGUUUAAGGAAGUUGCCGAUAUGUUACAGGAUCACAUCCCAAGCCUGCAAAUGGUGGCUUCUGAUGAUGAAUCGUCAUCCGGGUCGACGGAUAACUCGUCCUCUCAGCUUUCGAGAGAGCGAGUCAAGCUUCUUUCUGACUCACUGGGUCGUGAUGAGCCGGUGUUUAAGUGCUUUUCUGUCUCGGAUUUGAAAAAGAAAGUCAUGGCUGGCCUCUGUAAAAAUGGCGAUAAAAAAGGGGAAUGGAGGUACUUGGUUUUGGUACAAGCCUGUUGCCAUUUAGGCUUAAUGGAGGAUGCGAUGGUGCUCCUUCAGACAGGAAAACGCCUCGCCACCGCCGCAUUCCGCCGUGAAAGCGUUUGCUGGUCGGACGACAUCUUUUCGUUUAAAAGAUUUCCGCUUUCUGGCGAUAAAAAUCAGGCCCAAACACUCCCUAAAUCAGAGAGUGAAAGUGUUUCUCAACUGCUCAGUCACAUUAAGCUUCUCAUCCGCCGCAAUACAGCCGCAAUGGCUGCCCUUGAUGCCGGGCUCUAUUCCGAAGCCAUUAGGCAUUUCUCUAAAAUUGUUGAUGGCCGCCGUGGAGUCCCGCAGGGAUUCUUGGCCGAUUGCUAUAUGCAUCGAGCCUCGGCUUAUCAAUCCGCGGGUCGGAUAGCAGAGGCAAUAGCGGACUGUAAUCGAACCUUAGCAUUGGAUCCCUCUCGAUUGGAGGCACUUACCAUCAGGGCGACCUUAUUUGAAACAAUAAGAUGUUUACCAGACAGUCUUCACGAUCUGGAGCACUUGAAACUAUUGUACAACUCAGUGUUGCGGGACAGGAAAUUUCCUGGACCGGCAUGGAAACGUCAAAGUGUUCAGUACAGGGAAAUUCCAGGAAAGUUGUGUUCUUUAGCAGCGAAAAUCCAACAAUUGAAGCAAAGGGUCGCUGCUGGUGAAACUGGGAAUGUAGAUUAUUAUGCGUUGAUUGGUUUAAGACGGCGUUGUUCGAGAUCAGAAUUGGAACGGGCACAUUUAUUGUUGAAUCUAAGACACAUGCCUGAUAAGUCAUCCAGUUUCAUAGAACGGUGUGAGUUUGCUGAUAAUAGGGAUAUCGGAAUCACGUGCAGUUUAUAA